UAAGCACCUCAGUCUUCAGGAAAGAUCGUUUCACGUCGGUCGUUUCGAGCUCCACUUUUCUUUUUCCCCCCCUCUCUCUCCCCUCCCUCUCUUCUUCCAUACAGUUUUGAAUCAGAAACGGAGGAAAAUACGUCGGAAAGAAAAGAAGAAGAAGAAGAACGAGAAUAAGAAGAGUAAGGAUAAGGGAGGAGGGACACUUUUCUUCUCGUCGUGUCUUCUCGGUCGUAGCCUUGGAAAAAUUGCGAAAUGACGUUGGGAUCGAGAUACGUUCGGUGAGAUUCGCGAGAGUGAUCCGUUCCUUUUUUUUUUUUUUUUUUUUUUUUUUUUUUUUCCUUUGCUUUGGAUUAACGAGGAGAUCGAGAAUCGGUGGUGAUCACGAUAACAAUCGUUGUUGGUACGCCUGCCAGCUGAUUCGAAGGGGGUUUGCAUCGGUGAAGAGAUGGAGAGGAGAGCCGUGUUGAUCCUGGCCGUCGUCGUUGCUUUGGCCGCACGAGGUUGCAAUGGUGCCGGAUGCGGAUACCCUGGGGCCCCAGCGCAUAGUAGCGUCCGGUUCACGGGUGCAAGUGCCGAGGACGUUAUAGAUGAGGAGGAUGCCCUUCUAAAGGACACGGUGCUGCUCGAGGGCACCGUGGCUACGUAUUCCUGCGAACGAGGCUUCGAGCUCCUCGGCCCUGCGCGAAGACAGUGCCAAGUCGAUGGCUCUUGGACACCGGAAGGAGUGCCAUUUUGUGUUUUAAAUGUUGCCGGAGGCAAAGCUCCUAUGCAGUCGAGCACUUCGGAAGGUGGAAUUCCACAGCGUGCGGUGGAUGGCAGCAGUGGACAGAUUUACACCCCUCAAACUUGCACCCUUACGAGACCAGAGCACAGACCCUGGUGGUACGUGAAUCUGCUUGAACCCUACAUGGUGCAAUUGGUACGACUUGACUUUGGUAAACCGUGUUGCGGCGACGAUAUACCAGGAACAAUCGUGGUUCGUGUUGGAAACAAUCGGCCGGACUUGGGAACGAAUCCAAUUUGCAAUCGUUUCACCGGCCCUCUCGAAGAAGGCCAACCUCUUUUCCUACCCUGCAAUCCUCCUAUGCCAGGAGCUUUCGUUUCCGUGCAUUUGGAGGCAAAUACACCGACACCAAUCCCAGUCCAACUCUCUUUGUGCGAGGCUUUCGUGUAUACCGAUCAGGCGCUUCCUAUUGAGAGAUGUCCACAAUUCAGAGAUCAGCCACCAGGUUCAACAGCAACUUAUAAUGGAAAGUGUUAUAUAUUUUAUAAUCGGCAACCAAUGAUAUUUAGGGAGGCGUUAUCGUUCUGUCGUGCACGAGGUGGAACUUUAGUGGAUGAAAGCAAUCCUGCGUUGCAAGGAUUUAUUUCAUGGGAAUUGUGGAGGAGGCAUAGGAGCGACACCUCGAGUCAAUACUGGAUGGGUGCAGUGAGAGAUCAGAAGGAUCGCACGGUUUGGAGAUGGACAGGAAGCGGCGAGGAGGUAUCCGUUUCUUUCUGGAGCUUGCCUCAAGGAACCGAAGAGGACUGUGCUCGAUACGAUGGUAGCAGAGGCUGGCUUUGGUCUGAUACUCCUUGCACGGCUCGAUUAAAUUUCAUCUGUCAACACCAACCACGAGCAUGUGGUCGACCAGAACAGCCGCCGAAUUCCACGAUGACGGUGACCACAACCGCAGAUCGGAAUUCCGGAAGUGCAUACGAAGUUGGCGCGACCGUGGAAUAUACUUGUAACGCUGGUAGCCUUCUUAUAGGACCGUCCAGUCGCACUUGUCUGGAUACUGGCUUCUACAACGAGUUUCCACCUGUGUGCAAAAGCAUCGAGUGCGGUUACCCAGCAAACAUAAAACACGGAGGCUACACACUUAUCAACAAUACCGUUAGUUAUCUCAGUCAGGUGCUUUACUCCUGCGAUGAAGGAUACGAGAUGACUGGUCGUGCAAGAUUGACUUGUGACAUCGAUGAGCGUUGGAAUGGACCACCGCCGCGUUGUGAACCAAUCCUGUGCGAUCCUCCAACACCGGUGCCGCACAGUUACAUCCAAAUCGAUGAAAUCGAUGAAACCGAAACAAUGCCAUCGAAAUCGAACUUCAAUCGAAGUCUUCUCGUAGGCAGUAUUGUCACUUAUACUUGUGAAAAAAAUUAUAGACUCACUGGGCACCGACAAAUAUUAUGUUUACCCACUGGAUUGUACGAUCACAUCGCACCCACCUGCAUAGAGGAACCACGCACCACAGUGACCGCCCCACCCCGAAUAACUGUACGAACAACGACUGCCAGAACUCGGCAACCAUUCUUACCGCCACGAGUCCGACCCACAACAAUCUCGACGACCACAACCACGACCACCACCUCUGUACCACCUCGAAGAGUGGCCAGCACCGCUGAAUUACCCGCGACGGUUCGCGAAACCAUCGCGAGGAAACCGAAUGUCGGUCUUCAGAGGCCAGCACCUCCUCCUUCGCCACCUUUGAACGAUGACAGCAGUGAUCAUCCUCAGGACAACGAGAUUUCGGGUAGUGGGGUGGAUAAUGCACAGGUUGGGAUUGGAACCGGUGUUCCAGAACCUUCUGGACCUUACAGGGUGGACAAUGCCGACCACACAAGUAACACUCAUCAAGCGAAAUUAAAUCUAGGCGCUGUGAUUGCCUUGGGUGUCUUCGGCGGUUUUGUAUUCCUAGCCGCUGUAAUCACCACCGUUGUAAUACUUAUACGCAGAAAUCGUGGUAGAAGCAGCAAGCAUUAUCGGCAUCGUGCAUCUCCUGAUUGCAACACUGUGGCCAGCUUUGGAAGUAGUUCCUCCGAAAGUCGAGGAGGUUUGAAUCGAUACUACCGUCAAGCUUGGGAGAAUCUGCAUGAGACGGCUGGUCAUAAGACCAAUCAUCCUCCUCUUCGUCGUAAGGAGACCCUGGAUGAACCAGGAUAUCGAGAAAAUUACCGUGGUAACAACACCGAGAGAGAUGGUUCGGAAUUAGUUGUGAGCGAUGUAGCCACAUAUCCCACCAGUAAGCACGCCAGCAUUUCCGACAAGAAACGCCAUCAUCAUCAUCAUCAUCAUCACCACGGUAACUCUACGCCUGAGUGGAGGCAAUCCCAGUCCCAUCACAGAUAUUGAGUACCGGAUCUGUUAUCUAAGAUCCUACAUUUUUUUCUUGAGAUUUUCAGUGAAUCGAUAACUGUGACGAGUUGCUGCGAUUGGAUCAUGAGUAAGCGAUUUUUUAAUAUUUUAUGAAUGGUAAUACAAUGAGGAAUAAUGAUGGUUUUAUGUUGAGAAAUAAGUGGAGUAUGCAGUGUUAUAAAAUUUUUAUCAAUGUGAUUUUUAAAUUUAAAUAAGUGUGUAAUACUUUUGUUUGAAUUUUAAUUUUUAUUUUAAUUUUAA